AUGAUGUUUCUGGGAGAGGCUGAAACUGCAAUUAGGUCAGAUAUUAACUCUAGGUUUGAUAACAAGGACUUUCAGCAGGAGCGACACCUUUUGGGGCCUGUGGGGUGUUGCUUGCGCUCCCUCUGGGGAAUUCCUACCUGGGAUGAAAAUGUUGGUGGCAGUGUCUCUUACCCGGUCCAGAGAGGCAGGAUCUUCAGAGGGGCAGCUUGGGUAUUCCCACGGAAGCCACCCGCUUUGUCUCCUUCAUCCCGCCCUGGUCCUUCCCCCAAGCCUAACCUAGGAAGUUGGAGAUGGAAUGGGUGGGAAGAGGCCGGCCACCAGGACUGCUGGACAGAGGGGCACACACAGAGCUCUGAAGAUAUCCGCUGCAAAUGCAUCUGUCCACCGUACAGAAACCUCAGCGGGCACAUUUACAACCAGAAUGUGUCUCAGAAGGACUGCAACUGCCUGCACGUGGUGGAGCCCAAGCCCGUGCCCAGCCGCGACGUGGAGGCCUACUGCCUGCUGUGUGAGUGCGAAUAUGAGGAGCGCAGCACCGCCACCAUCAAGGUCAUCAUUGUCAUCUACCUGUCGGUGGUGGGCGCCCUGCUGCUGUACAUGGCCUUCCUGAUGCUGGUGGACCCUCUGAUCCGGAAGCCGGAUGCGUACACGGAGCAGCUGCACAACGAGGAGGAGAAUGAGGACGCUCGCUCUGCGGCUGCCGCCACGGCCUCCCUCGGGGGGCCCCGCGCCAACACGGUCCUGGAGCGCGUGGAGGGUGCCCAGCAGCGCUGGAAGCUGCAGGUACAGGAGCAGCGCAAGACCGUCUUCGACCGGCACAAGAUGCUCAGCUAGGUGGCCGCUUGGCCGGGGCUGGACGGGCCAGAGGCCACGGCUGCCCUGCUCGGCGCCACCCCUGUGCCUUCCCUGUCAGCGCGCGCGGCGUCGCCCCUCCUCCUCUGUAGAAAUGGUCUCUGCUGAUUGAAUCGGGAAGGCGGCUGAGUGCUGGCCUCCUGCUGGCCAGCCCAGCUCAGUGGGGUUGAGGCUGGGGUCGGCGGGCCCGGAGGGGAGGGAGGCGUGUCCAGGGGCCCACCCGUGCUCCAGCUCCAGCUCCCAGGACUGUCAUUCCCCUGUGGACUCGGAGCUGGGCCACCAAGACUGUGGGGAUGGCCAGCCCGCCCUCAGCAUGUUGUCCCUCCUCUCUGCGUCCUGUGGUUGCCUUGCUCCUGACCCAGGACCUCAGCCCAGCGUGGCCUUCCCCAGCCUCAGGGUGGCUGUGAUGGGACAGCGGACGCCGCUGAGCCCACUGGGGUCCUAGGGCUCCCUCUCCCCCACACUUGCCCUGAUGCGUGGGGGCCGCGCCCUUUGCUGGCUCUGCUGCCUGGCCCCUCGACCCCCUUCAGGGAGCCAAGCAGCCCCCCACAUGCCUGCAGUUCCUGAGCCAGGGAGGUGGUGGGACCAUGUGACACACAAGGCCGAGCUGUGGCCCUGAAUGCCGCGGCUCCUGUCCUUGGAUGGCUUGUCCACUUGUCCCUGGAUUGCAUUGUACCAGUGCAUGGAGACGUGCGUCCUCCCGCUGCCUGUACAUCGCGGAGGCCAUUAUUAAACUCUUACUUCUCUCA